AUGACUGGUCCCAACGUCGUGUCCACUGUCUUGACGGCUCUCCUCGUGACGUCGUCGUCGACGCCGUUCCUCGUCGCGGCCCAAGAGUGUCCAUCGAACGUGAGCGAGUCUUUCGUGGCCACGAUUGACAACAGCACGUUCUUUAGUACGUGUGCCGAAGGCGCGACGUUCAACGUCUCGUCGGUCUUUGACGUGUUAAACUUCACGGCCGAGAACCUCUUUGUGUUCUGCAACUCGUCCACGUGCCUCGAGCCCAUUCACGCGCUCAUGGCGCCGCUCGACUGCAACAUCACGUACAUGGGUACACUCCGUAACCUCUCGGCCGAAGUGUCCGAGCUCCACGACGUGUGCCACGAGACCCUCGACGCCGCCGAAGGGAGCAGUGGCAACGAACGGGCAACAGAGUCAAAGGACAUGAGUGGCCACGACCACACUGGGGACAGCUCGAGCCAUUCGGGUUCGAUGGCUUCGCCUGCGUCGACAGCUGCGGUCCUAUCAGCUGUGGCGGUCGCGUCCAUUGCGACGCUGACGGCCUUGUUGGCCUAG